AAGAGGCGGGAAAAGCCGCCGCCCCUCCUCCUCCGCCGCCAAGAUGGCGGCUCCGAGCAAGCAAUAUGGUCUUAUAUUUCCCAAGAAAGCACAACAGAAAACCUUCGUCAAACAUGCGGUGUUCAUGGAUGACUCUGACGAAGAGUCUUCGGUGGGUGAGAGCCUUCAGCGAGAAGCUUUGAAAAAGCAAGCCAUGAAACAAACCAAGCUGGAGAUCCAGAGGGCGCUGGCGGAAGACUCCACAGUGUACGAAUACGACAAUAUUUACGAUGACAUACAACAAAAGAAGGCAGAAAGUCACGCCAACCUGCUUGCGGGGAAAGGGGAAAAAAAGCCCAAGUAUAUCCAAAAUAUACUCAAGGCAGCCGAGCUGAGGAAGAAGGAACAGGAAAAGAGAAUGGAGAAGAAAAUCCAGAAGGAACGUGAAAUGGAAGGGGACGCAUUCGACGACAAAGAGGCCUUCGUGACAUCAGCCUACAAGAAGAAGCUGCAGGAAAGAGCUGAAGAGGAAGAAAGGGAGAAGAGGGAGGCAGCCAUUGAAGCGUGCCUGGACGUGACCAAGCAGAAGGAUCUCAGUGGUUUUUACAGGCACCUAUUGAACCAGACAGUGGGGGAAGAGGAGAUGCCCAAAUGCAGUCUUCGUGAGGCCAGGUUAAAGGAAGAAGAACCCACUGAAAAUCCCAAUGACGGUAGAGAAAUGAGCAAAAGUCCAGAUGAGAAGACAAGGGCACACAUUCCUGUGAAAGGAGAAGAUAACCCAGAUGCAGGCAGCGACCUGGAAAUUCACAGCAGUGAGGAUGAGAGCAGUGCUGAAGUCCAGACCAGCAGCAGAGCGGGUGAUAAAAAGGAGAACAGGCCGGGGCGUUCUGAUUGCAGUGGAGAGAGUUCCAGGCGCCGCAAAAGCCGAAGGGACUCUGGGUCAUCAAGUGAGGAGAGGAGCCGCCCCCUGAAAGAGAGAGAGGACGGAGGCAGAAAGGAAAAAAGCGGGCAACACAGGGAAAGGGAUCGCGAGAGAAGACACAAAGACCAUGACAAGGAGGAGCAUUACAAGAGGCAGGAAGAGCGGGAUAACAGACAAAGGCGGAAAGACAGGAAGGAGAGGGAUGAUUAUCAUAGAGAACUCCGGCAAGAGAGAGACCGGGAGGACAAGUACUCGGAGUGGGAACAGCAAGUGAAGGAAAGGCAAACCAGCCACAAAGAGCAUCAUGGGGAGAGGGACAGAGAUAGAGAUGAGAAGAAGCACCAAGAGAGGAGAACCAGCAGCCCCAGCUCCUUGGUGAAAGGAAGUGAGAGCGAGGGGAGGAAAGAAACUCCAUCCGACUCUGAGAGAUCUCCGGAGUUGAAACACAAAACAUCAGGGGAGGGAACAGAGCAGGCAGAGAAACCUCUGGAGAGCCAGAGUAAAUUUGCAAAGCGUAGCAACCAGGAGACUGUCACAUCAGCGAGGGACCGCUACCUGGCCCGCCAGAUGGCCCGCGUGGGCACCAAAAGUUACAUAGAAAAAGAGGAGGAUUAGGAUUCAGGGGGAGAAUCCCAGGCGGUGACACGUGCUCACGGGGGGAAUAUUGAGGUAGCUGGAAUUGCACAUUGGAGUGGAAGUAGUUAAAAGAACGCCCUUUUGUGGGGAAGGAAGCUGGUAGAAAGGUCUGACAUUUGAACACAGGGUGGCAAUAGCUUGAUUGGGGUCUGUUCAUCCUGCCCUGCUGAAUCCCAGCCCACUUAUACUCUGUGUCGCUUGAAUGCAGUGAGCCUCCUUCGAUAGAUCGCAUCCUGAGCCCCAUCCUGGGCAUAGUAAUCUUCAGAGGUGAUCCCUUAGGAUCCUACAGGCCAGCCAAGAGUACGAAGGAAGAUGAGCAUGAAAAUCGUUUGUGAGGUGAAAUACAAACUAGUCUACCAGCAGCAGAAAUCCUUAUAAUAUGGAGUGUGUAGUUGUUGUUUUUUUAAAGUACAGUUUAGUUCCACAGUGAACUGAAAUGCUGGGGGUUUCUGUUUGGGGUUUUGUUAUUUCUGCUGUACAGAAACAUUGAAAUAAAGGGAAAGAUGAAUUUUA